AAUACCGGAGAGAGAGAGAGAGAGAGAGAGAGAGAGAGAGAGAGAGAGAGAGAGAGAGAGAGAGAUGAGCAUCUUGUUCCCAUGAAACAUCAAGCAGUGUGACGAUGACGGCGAAAGGCAGACACAAAGCGGUGCCCUUCCCUCUGGCCCACAGGCUCACCAUGAAGGAGGUGUUUGAUGCUGAGGGACGCCCGCGAGUAGACCUACUCAAAGCUCAUCUCACCAAAGAGGGCCGGUUGGAAGAGGCUGUGGCACUGCGCAUCAUUGACGAGGGUGCUGCCAUACUGCGCCAGGAGCGCACUAUGUUGGAUAUUGAGGCGCCGGUCACUGUGUGUGGAGAUAUACAUGGACAGUUCUUCGACCUGAUGAAGUUGUUUGAAGUUGGAGGUUCUCCUGCUAACACACGCUACCUCUUCCUCGGGGACUAUGUGGACAGGGGCUACUUCAGUAUUGAGUGUGUGCUGUACUUGUGGUCACUGAAAAUCCUUUACCCAAAGACGCUCUUUCUUCUACGGGGAAACCAUGAAUGUAGACAUCUGACAGAAUAUUUCACCUUCAAACAAGAAUGUAAGAUCAAGUACUCAGAGCAGGUGUACGAGUCCUGCAUGGAGGCGUUUGAUUGCCUGCCGCUGGCUGCCCUGAUGAACCAGCAGUUCCUGUGUGUGCACGGGGGGCUUUCACCAGAGAUCCACACGCUGGACGACAUCAAGAAGUUGGACCGGUUCAAGGAGCCCCCGGCGUUUGGGCCCAUGUGUGACCUGUUAUGGGCUGACCCCCUUGAAGACUUUGGCAAUGAGAAGACCCAGGAGUACUUUGGCCACAACACAGUCAGAGGCUGCUCCUAUUUCUACAGUUACCCUGCAGUGUGUGAGUUCCUACAGACCAACAACCUGCUGUCAAUCAUCAGAGCUCACGAAGCACAGGAUGCUGGGUAUCGUAUGUACAGGAAGAGUCAGACUACAGGAUUUCCUUCACUCAUCACCAUCUUCUCAGCUCCAAACUACCUGGAUGUUUACAACAACAAAGGUCUCAUAUCGGCAGUACUGAAGUAUGAGAACAAUGUCAUGAACAUCCGUCAGUUUAACUGCUCUCCUCACCCCUACUGGCUGCCCAACUUCAUGGACGUCUUCACCUGGUCGCUGCCUUUUGUGGGAGAAAAAGUGACUGAGAUGCUGGUCAACGUCUUAAGUAUCUGUUCUGAUGAUGAACUCAUGAAUGAUGGAGAAGAAAUCUUUGAUGCCAGCGCAGCAGCAGCCAGGAAAGAGGUGAUCAAAAACAAGAUCCGAGCUAUUGGGAAGAUGGCCAAAAUGUUCUCUGUUCUACGGGAGGAGAGUGAGAACGUGUUGACCCUGAAGGGACUGACCCCAACAGGCAUGCUGCCCAGUGGAGUCCUGUCCGGCGGCAAACAGACUCUGCAGAGCGCUACCAUUGAGGCCAUAGAAGCCAUCGAGACAGUUAAGGAUGCUGAAGCCAUCCGAGGCUUCUCCCCGCAGCAUCGGAUUAGCAGUUUUGAGGAGGCCAAAGGUCUUGACCGCAUCAAUGAGAGGAUGCCGCCGCGCCGUGACGCCGUCAACAGCGUGGGCCUGUCCAUGGGCCGCAUGAACAUGGGGGAGCCCAAUGGGACCGACAGCAACAGCAAUAUACAGUGAUGGACGUGCACUCUCACACGCUCGCAGUUACCGCACUAAUAUGGUACCAUAUUUAUCGAUAAGUGUACAUAGGCAUACAAACAUGCAAACCGCACACGAGAUUUCAUUCACUGAAGAAACAACAUGCACACACAACAACACACACUUACCUUCCUCGUUGCCCUCAGCUGUAUGUUAAGACUUGAGCCGAAACAGACUUCACUGACAAAGGACGAGUCCCUUCUUUGGACUGAUCGGCCCUGUUUAGAGAACUACAAUCCCUGUGUUCCCACACAACAGGAAGAAAACGACAACAACAAUUCCCGCGCAGCCAAGGAGGAGCUGCUGUUCGCCGUGCGAGACCAUCAGCACCACCACAGUGGAAAAGUGGACCGUCGUGUCAGGGAGAGCGCGCUCAAGUGCUUGCCCCAGGAUGUGACGGACAGCGCUGGGAGUUAAGAAGGGGGCACUUCCUGUAUGUGUGCACUUGGAGGUAUUGUGGUGAUUUUCUGUGGUUGCUAUGGGAAUGCCCGUGUGCGUGCACAUGCUUUGACCCGCAUUCUUAAAUGUUUUUGCCUUUGUAUU